AUACUUUAAACUUAUCGCGGUUUAAACGUAUCUUAAUCUUUAAUACAUCCGGGUAAUAAAGUUUAGGUGUAUUUCUCAAAUUGUAUUUUUGUAAUUACAUUGCGCGAUCUAAUAAGCUUUAAAAAAAUGGGUAUUACUAAUAAAACGCUUAACAGUAUACAAACUAAGCUGAUUACUCAAGGAGAUCCUUUUAAUUGCGGUGGAAAAGAUGUAAUAAUUUGUGUGACAGGCAAUCCUGGCUUUAUCGAAUUUUAUACAGAAUUUUGUGAAGAACUUCACAGGAGUACAGAUUUGCCUGUUUGUAUAAUUGGUCAUGCUGGCCAUGAGCUGCUGUCUGAUGAACAAAGUGAACUCAGAGGUCAAGAAGAUAUUUUUAAUUUGAAUGGACAAUUAAAACAUAAAUUAGACUUAAUUGAAAAUCAUAUUGAUAAAAAGAGUAGAUUACAUUUAAUUGGGCACUCGAUUGGAUCUUGGUUUGUUUUAGAGCUGUUAGACAACAACCAUCAUGUGUAUGAAAGAACUGCAUCAGUUAAUUUACUCUUCCCAACCAUACAGAAAAUAUCAUUAUCUGAAAAAGGGAAGUUUUUAAAUGGCUUCAUAAGAAAGAUGCAUUCUUUAUUAUUCUUCUUUUCAUUUUUAUUGUAUUUACCACAAUUAUUUCUAUCAUUUUUAGUAUAUGUAUAUUUAAAGAUAAAUGGUUUUUCAUCAAUUAAUAGAACAAGAAUUCUUAACAUACUAAAUCCAACUAUUUUAGAAAAAGUUUUAUUCCUAGCUUAUGAUGAGAUGGACAGGGUUACUGAAUUAAACAAAAAAGUCAUUGAUAAGAUUAAACAUUUAACUAAUGUAAUAUACACUAAAAAUGAUGGAUGGGCACCUUAUGAAUAUAUGAAAGAUUUAAUGGUAUACCAACCAGAUCUGCAAAUGAAAGAAGUUAAUGUUGAUCACAGUUUUGUUUUUAAAUCAUCAGAAUAUAUAGCUUUGUUGGCAGCAGAUUUUAUUAAGAAAAAACAAUUGUAACUUUUUUUUUAUAUUUCACUGUUGACAACGAUAAUUCACGCUACUCUAUAAUAGCAUGAAUGUGGGUUGGAAUAAUUGUAUAACGAUGAUUGGUAAUUUUUAUCAGUUGGUACAUGUGUAAAUUCAGCUAUAGGUAGGGUAAUCAAAUAUUUGUGAAAACAAAUAUUACUUGGGUGAGUUUACAUCGCGAGUCAUUGUCAUUAUGGGAUUCUAGGGAGAAAAAAUUUGCAUGAAUAAAUACUAUGACAAAU